CUGGCAGGCCCCGGCAAGAGGGCUCAGCCGGCUGCCAAGGACGCAGCAAGGGCUGCCGGGUGCUACGGAGAGGUGGCACGGCUCAGCAAGGGGAGCAGCCUGGGGGGCACGCUGGGAUUAGGGGGAACCCACCGUGCAUGCAGAUAUUUAGGAGAGGAUCACUGCUUUUCCUAACCUCCCCCCUGCCGUGCCAUCUCUCCGAGCCCCAGCUCCUGGAUUCCCCGGACUCAGGCUGCAGAGCUGGGCUGGGGAGGGAGCCUGUUGGCUCCCGGCAUGGUUCAUGGCGUGCCCCUCUAUUUCAGCCAGAAGAUGUCCUGGGCCAUGCAGUGCCCGAGCCGCCUGCCCUGGAGCAGCUGGAUGCAGCUGCGUAGAUCUCUGCCGGAGAGGAGGGGGACCUGGCGUGCGUACCCGUGCGCUGCUUCGGUGCCAGGCACUGCCAGCAGCUCCUUGCUCAGGAAGAUCCUCCGUGCAGACGGCAUGACCCUCCCCAGGAGCUGCGUUCACCAUCAGGGAGGGUCCCAGGAACCCCCUGCCCAGCCCAGCUCCCCCCGCCAUGGCCUGACUGCACUGAGGAAUGUGACUUCUUCUGAUGCCAUAAGGAAGCAUCAGAAGAGCUUGUCUGCAUGGUUCAGCCACCAGCCAAAUGAGGAAAGGCAGUUUGGCCCUUCCUUCUCACUAGAUGCGGUCCAUGUGGACCCAGUGAUCCAGGAGAGCUCCCUGGAGGAGAUUUUGAAGCCCUCGCCUGACCUGGCCAUCCAGCACCAGCUCCAGCAGCCCUGCAGCCGGGUAAUCAGCCUCCAGAACCUCUUUGAUGUGGAUGCCUGUGGGCGGCAGGUGAAGACUGUGGUGCUGUUUGGCACUGUGGGCACGGGGAAGAGCACCCUCAUCAAAAAGAUGGUGGUAGACUGGUGCCAUGGGCGCCUGCCCCGCUUUGAGCUGGUCAUCCCCUUCUCCUGUGAGGAUCUGUCCCAGAGUCAUACUCCCAUCUCCCUGCGGCGCCUCAUCACCAAGAAGUACCAGCACCUCCGGGACGUGGUGCCAACGCUGGGCACUUCCAACCUCAGGAUGCUUUUCAUCCUCAAUGGCCUGGAGCGCCUCAACUUGGACUUCCGGCUGGCUGGCACAGAGCUGUGCUGUGACCCCAAUGAGCCUGUGCCUCCCCCUGCCAUCGUGGUCAACCUGCUGCGCAAGUACCUCCUGCCAGAGGCCAGCAUCAUCGUCACCACACGCCCAUCUGCGUUGCGCCGGAUCCCGGGCAAGUAUGUGGGCCGCUACGCUGAGAUCUGUGGCUUCUCUGAAAGCAACCUCCAGAAGCUGUACUUCCAGAUGCGCCUGAGCCAACCUGGCUGCAGUGGAGAAGAUGGCGGCGGUAAGAGCCCAGGGAGCAGCUCGGGCGAGCAGGACAACCUGGUGGAGAUGUUGUCAAGGAACCUGGAGCGCCACAACCAAAUUGCUGCUGCCUGCUUCCUGCCCUCUUACUGCUGGCUGGUCUGCACAACACUACACUUCCUCUACUUCACCAAGACAGUGCCUCCCAGUCAGACCCUAACUGGCAUCUACACAAGCUUCCUGAGGCUCAACUUCAGCGGGGAGGUGCUGGACAGCACUGACCCCACCAACAUCUCUAUGAUGAAGUACGUGGCCAAGACAGUGGGCAAGCUGGCCCACGAAGGGGUGAUGUCCCGCAAGACCUGCUUCUCAGAGGAGGAUCUGCAGCAGUGCUUUGAGGUGGAGAUGAAGACCGAAAGUGAGCUCAACUUGCUGGAGGUUUUCCGCAGUGACGUAUUCCGCUUCUUCCUCACACCAUGUGUGCAGCCGGGCAAAGAGCUCCUGGGUGAGAAGAAGACCCUGGCACAGCGAGUAGGGAAGGAGCUGUCAGAGGUCAUCGGGAAAGUAAGUGAAGAUGUUGUUGUGGUUCUGAACAUCAUCUCCAAGGUGCUGCCCUUGCGCUUCCUGCCAGUGCUUCUUAACCUGCUCAGAAUCUUCCCUCGCUACUUCUCCCGGCUGAGUGGCAAGGACCGGGACACUAUUGCCCGAACCAUGGCAGAAGAGAUGUUCAAAGAGGAGGACUAUUUCAAUGAUGAUGUCUUGGACCAGAUCAAUUCCAGCAUCCUGGGUGUGGAGGGCCCCAUGCGCCACCCCGAUGAGGCCUCUGAUGAUGAGGUCUUUGAACUCUUCCCCAUUUUCAUGGGUGGGAUCCUGUCCCGCCGUAAUCGCGCCAUCCUGGAACAGCUGGGCUGCUCCAUCAAGAACCUGGCAGCCUUUGAGAUUGCCAAGGCCAUGAAGAAGACGGUCAUCAGGAACAGUCGCAAGGGGCUGCCCCCAUCUGAGCUGAUGGACUACCUGUUCUUCCUGCAUGAGUUCCAGAAUGAACGCUUCACGGCUGAGGCCAUCCGCUCCCUCCGGACCGUCAACCUUUCAUCUGUCAAGAUGACCCCUCUGAAGUGCUCUGUCCUGGCGUCUGUCAUGCGCACCACAUGCCAUGAGGUGGAGGAGCUGAACUUGACCUCCUGCAAUCUUGACACCAGCAGCCUGAGGACCCUCUUCCCUGUCCUGCUGCGGUGCAAGGCUCUCCAUUUGCAGCUGAACAACCUGGGUCCUGACGCCUGCAAGGAAAUCCGUGACCUGCUCCUGCACGACAAGUGUGUGGUGAGCAACCUGCGGCUGGCAAAUAACCCCGUGGGCGAGCAGGGAGCACAAUUCCUGGCCGAGGCGCUGGCAGGCAACCGUUCGCUGACCCACCUGUCCCUACUGCACACUUCGCUGGGGGACCGGGGCGUCGAGGUCAUUGCUCAGCACCUGGCCAAGAACCAGCACCUUCAGGAGCUCAACCUGGGCUACAACUCGCUGACGGACGCGGCCGCCCUGGGGCUGGGGGAGGGGGCCAAAAAGCCCACGACACAGUGCAGUGACCUGUACUUCAACGACAUCAGCGAGGAAGGCAAACGGGAACUUCACACGCUGCGCAUGGAUCAGGACGGUGUCAGGGCGCUGGUCUUCCUUACAGCAGGCACCGACGUCUCUGACUACUGGUCCAACAUCCUGAGCAUAGUGCACAAGAACCUGCCUUUCUGGGACCGUGAGCGGGUUCGGCAGCACCUUGCCCUCCUCCUACAGGACCUGGAGAGCAGCCGGAGACAGACUGCCAACCCCUGGAGGAAGGCCAAGUUCCUGCGAGUGGAGAGCGAAGUCAAGAAGAUGCUUGGGAAACUGCGGGACGGGAGCCUCUAACCUGCCGACCGCCUACCUGGCCAGAGAAGGAGCAGCGCUGCUGGGGAGCAAACGCUGGAGGGUGCCCUGGGAGCGCUACAUCUGCGCCCUUCUCCUGGUGGAGAUGCCCCCUAGUCGAGUGCUACCGAGGCUGUCAAAGUUACUGGGUACGUGGAGCUCAGCCCCCACCUAUGGGGCAAGGCUCAAAUGUGGGAGAACUGCCAGCAGACCAGGCCAGGAGCAAACGGGACUUGCUCCGGGCUUGGAGAGACCCACGGCCACAGCCCCGGCGCCUCGGCCACUGCUGGCGCGUGACGUGAGCAGGGCAGGACUCAGCCUUGCUUGUGAAAUCCUUGGAAGCAUUAAAGUGCCCCCCCGUUGUUUCCA